CACCGGAGUGACGUCAUCGCUCGCAGGCGGCAGGAAGCGGCGGUGGUGGUGGCGGCGCGAGAUGCAAGAUGGCGAAGACGUACGACUACCUGUUCAAGCUGCUGCUCAUCGGCGACAGCGGCGUGGGCAAGACCUGCGUGCUCUUCAGGUUCUCCGAGGACGCCUUCAACUCCACAUUCAUCUCCACCAUCGGCAUAGAUUUUAAGAUCAGAACAGUAGACUUGGAUGGAAAGAAAAUCAAACUUCAGAUAUGGGACACAGCAGGUCAAGAGAGGUUUCGGACGAUCACCACAGCUUACUACCGGGGAGCUAUGGGCAUCAUGUUGGUGUAUGACAUUACCAAUGAGAAGUCAUUUGAAAACAUCAAAAACUGGAUCAGAAAUAUUGAAGAGCAUGCAUCAGCAGAUGUGGAGAAGAUGAUUCUAGGGAACAAGUGUGACAUGAAUGAGCGGAGACAGGUGACCAGGGAAAGGGGCGAGAAGCUGGCAAUUGAAUAUGGAAUCAAGUUCAUGGAGACCAGUGCCAAGGCCAGCAUUAAUGUGGAGGAGGCUUUCUUCACACUGGCCAGAGACAUCAAAGCCAAAAUGGACAGAAAGCUGGAAGGAAACAACACCCCUGACAGUAACGCGGUGCGGAUCACGGCUCCAUCCCAGGGCAAAAAGACCAGCUUCUUCAGGUGUGCCCUGCUGUGACAGGGCCCACCCAAUGUAUGAUGACAGCAGCAGCGGCUGGGAAAAUGGACUUUAACUCCAAUGAAGAACGGCUGCAUCAUCCAAACGUCACCUUUAAGCAUCUGCUGUGUUUUUUUAAUUGGGCUGAGCCUUUAUCUGAAAUUUAAAGCAGAGGAUACGAUUAACUACACACAUUAAAACAUGGACCAAAUUGUUAUUUUACUUUAUGCAUAUGAAUCAUUUCAAACAUUUAAAAAGAAAUAUUUCCCACAAAUUGAGUGGUUGAAAUGUAAUUUAAUGUUUAAUAAUUUAACCACUAAUUUUGUCAACAUUUUAGGUCCCCUUUCCCCCCAAAUGAUUAUUUUUGUGUUUGUGUCCACUUGACGUGAUGCACUGGGGUCGUGGGUGAAUCUAAAAUGUAUAACGGCAGGCGAUUGUCGUGUAUCUCUCCCCCAAGUUGGGCAGUCAGGCACAUUGCAUCAUUUCUGAUGUCGCGAGGUGUAUGUUUGAAUUUUGUAAAAGAUAAUUGUAAAGAUUCCCUGGUCUUGCUAAAAAUGCACAUUGAUAUUUUUCUUAUGCUUUCAAGUUGUUAAAUAUGGUAUAUAUCGUAAGUAGUAUUUACAAACUGACAUUCCAUUUAGAUAUUUUAGUGACUAAUGAGUAACCACUUUGCCAUUUCACAUGCCUUCAAAAUAAUUGCGUAGUUUUGUACUGCACGCAUUGCAAAAGCUGAGCACAUCCAAUUAUACAUUGUAAAUGAAUGUUGUGGUAGCCAGGUACAAAACCACUCUAGUGGGAUUAAACCACAUGAAAUGCACCACUCAGUUUUGGAUUCAUCCACUCAAUACACGUUUUAUGAAAAAGAUAGGUGGCAAUUUAAUCCCAAGUGUUGUCUUAGGAAAAGACUGCUGUGUGUACUUGGUUCAGAUUAGGCAGCUUAAUUGUGUAAUGACUUGUCAAGCUGUCAUUCUGAGUCAAGCUAAUGACUGGAUUUGUAAACAUGCUCACUUAAUGUUUGCAAUCGAGCUAUUUAAAUAAUAUUGGCGGUCUGCAACAGAAAAGGAGCACAAUGUCAAUUUACUGAACAUCAAAAUUAAUGUGAAGGGGCUUUUGUUAUUUUGUUUUUAUAUAAAGCACAUGUAAAGCAUCUUUAAUGUAAUAUUAGCACACUUCCUGUUCUGUAAUCUUUGUAGGAUGUUACUAGUAAAGUCUCUUUUUAAAAAAAAGAUGUUAAUAAAGUUAUGCGUAUGAGAAA